UGCAGUGAGUGAGUGUCAAUUUCAAUAUUCUGAAGAAUAGUAUUCCAGAAAUGUAUUCAUCAAACAGUUCCCUCAAUGGAAAUAACAAUAACCUAACAGGAACAUCAUUUUGUUCAUCUACACCUUUUACUUUUGAAAGCAACUCAUCAUCAUCAACUUCAAAACAUCAUCAAAACACUUGUUUUCCACCCUCACCUUUCUCUUUCAUUCAAUUCCCUUAUGACACUUUUGAAGACAAUAAUCAAAUCUUCCUCCUCCAAGAACAAGAUGAUCACAUUCAGAUGAAUGUUAAAAACAAAGAAGAAGAAGAAGAUAAAGGAAAAACAGUACUAGUAGUGGUUGAUGAGCAUAAGAAGAAUGUUCAAAGAAAAAGAUCCAGCAAGAGAGAUCGACACAGUAAGAUCAAAACGGCAAAAGGAUUAAGAGAUCGGAGAAUGAGAUUGUCUCUUGAUGUAGCAAAGAAGUUUUUUGGUCUUCAAGAUAUGUUAGGAUUUGAGAAAGCAAGCAAAACAGUUGAAUGGUUACUCAACAAAUCAAAACUUGAAAUCAAACAGCUUGCAAGAGAAAAGAAUCUUCAGAAUGAUUCUUCAUCAACAACUUCAGAAUGUGAAGAAGGUGUUUCAAGUUUGGAUAAUAAUGAUCAUCAACAACAACAAAAAAUCAUGCUUGUAAAGAGAUCAUCAUCAACAAACAAAGUUUCUAGAAAGAGUGCAUUCAAUUGUAUUGGAAGGGAAAAAGCAAGAGAAAGAGCAAGAGAAAGAACAAGACAAAAGUUGAAUGCUAGAAUAAGAGAUGUUAAUAUUGUUGAUCAAUCAAAUUCAAAGCAAUGUGUUAAUAAUAAUAAUAAUAAUAAUAAUUGGAACCCUUUUGAAGAAUGUGCAGUGAAUAAUAGUUCCUUUGAUGUGAAGAUGAUUAAUCAUGAAGCAAAGGAACAUUCAGAAUUAGAGGAUGAAGAAAAUUCCUUGUUCAUUAAUAUGACCAAAUGGAGUCCAACUUUCAUGUUCAAUAACUCAUCAAUCCUACAACAACAUCAUCAAUAUGCACAAUUUCAAUGUUUGGAAAAACCUUGGGAGGACUACAACAACACCAUCUAAUUAAUUAACAUGUACUUGCACAAACACUCUUCUCUUUAUCUUUAUCCUUUUCAAUUUUUUUUUUUAUGUGUCAGGUGCAGAAUAAAAUGCAUUUUGCUCAUAGCAUAUGCUAUGUGUAUUAAUUUCUUUGCUUUCCUUUUGGAAUUUUAUGUGGUGAGGUAUCUUCAAUAUUAAUCAUUUCAAAAAUAUAUUUGUGUGUGAAAGUGUCAUCUCUAUAAAGUUAUCUUGUUUGUUUCUGUUCUGAAUCUCUGACCCUUCCUAUUUAUUUGGUCACAAUUGUACAAGUUCAAUGUGUAAGAGCUGUUUUUA